CUACUGAACUCUUGGAGCAAAGGAUGGAAUAAUUGGGUUUUUGUUAUCAGCCUAACGUUUAUCCCUUUCAGUAUCAGUUCUUCUAUGAUGACUCUGGCGCCGUACUCGGGUGUUAUCUUAUCCCUGCACAUCCCUAUCGGCGGGAUGGUCAACCAGAACCAACCCUUUUCCAAGAGAUCAGCUAUAUAUUCAUUCAUUCGCAUCGCUAGUAUAUGCCCCGUAUAUGGUCAUGGACCUAGAAUUUGCCUGGGAAGGAUAUUUGCUGAAUUGCAAAUGCAAGUAUUCAUCGUCAAGUUGAUCAGAUCGUACAAGUUGGGAUAUCAUUACGAACCGUUGAAAUACAAUUCAUGUACGUCCCGGAUCCGCGAAUUGAAAUUUAAAAUGACUAAAAGGUCUUAA